AUGGCUUCAGCUUUAGUUGAAAACUCUUUUUCGUCGUCACUCAACCCUGCGUUCAGGGAAGUUUCUGGAGUGGGAAACUAUAAGGAGGCCUAUAUUGGCGGCCCUCGUGCAUUCAAAAAGGAUGUUGAGGAGAAGGGCAGCGAGACACAGCCAGCAGCCCGUUACCCACACUACCUUCCGGUGUGGGAUCCAGAAAAACACUACCCACCUCUCGUGCCCUUUGAACACUAUGACCAUGGCAAAGACGCCGACCCGAGGUUCCCUAAUCUCCUGAGUAAGGACGUUAAGGUCAUCGAGUUGACCGCAAAUAUCGGGGCCGAAGUGCACGGCGUACAGCUUUCCAAACUUACAAAGGAAGGCAAGGACGAGCUCGCCCGGUUUGUUGCAGAACGCAAGGUAGUUGCCUUCCGUGACCAAGACCUAGCAGAUUUGGAUAUCCAGGAAGCACUGGACUUCGGUUCGUACUUCGGCAGACACCAUAUCCAUCCAACUUCAGGUGCACCAAAGGGCUUUCCGGAGAUCCAUCUUGUUCACCGCGGCGCAGAUGACACUACUGCAAAGGACUUUUUCGAGGAGAGAACAAACAGCGUGACGUGGCACUCUGAUGUGACUUACGAAGAGCAGCCGCCCGGAACCACCUUCCUGUAUUUGCUAGACGGACCAGUUGCAGGAGGUGAUACUCUUUUUGCCAAUCAGGCUGAGGCCUACCGCCGUCUGAGCCCAGAGUUCCGGAAACGCCUACAUGGACUGAAAGCCGUGCACUCCGGCUUCGAGCAGGCCGAAAACGCAUCAAGGAGAGGAGGAAUUGUGCGUAGAGACCCCGUUGCGAAUGUUCACCCAAUUGUGCGAACACACCCUGUGACAGGGGAGAAGGCUCUAUUCGUGAAUCCGCAGUUCACUCGCAAGAUCGUGGGUUACAAAAAGGAGGAAAGCGACUACCUGCUGAAUUUCCUCUACGAUCACAUUGCGAAGGGCCAGGACUUCCAGGCACGCGUCAAGUGGGAGCCAGGUACCGUUGUCGUUUGGGAUAACCGUGUGACCGCGCAUUCUGCAUUGCUUGAUUGGGAGGAUGGUCAACGCAGGCACUUAGCUAGGAUCACACCGCAGGCUGAGAAGCCGUAUGAGACUCCAUUUGAAGGCUGA